CCCUGUCAGGUAAACAGGUGAACACACCGGGAAGGGAAGUGUAACCGAAUGGAAAAUCGCACAUUGGAUCUUAUUAUAUUUUUGCUGUGAUAGACAGAUGAGGACAGAAUGACCACAUUGACGAAGCGAAACCGUCGUGUGGAGGCUCCGGUGGACAGUUGGAGUAGCGCCGAGGAGAAGGAGGACAGAAGAGAUGUGAACUCUGAUGAAGAGAAGGACACAGACUCCAAAUCACUGAGACUCACACUGAUGGAGGAGAUUCUGCUGCUGGGACUCAAAGACAAAGAGGGCUACACUUCGUUCUGGAAUGACAGCAUCUCGUCAGGGUUGCGCAGCUGCUUGCUGGUGGAGCUGACGCUGCGGGGUCGCAUUUAUCUCGAACCUCAGAGUACACGCAAAAGAAAACUUCUCGACAGGAAGGUGUUGUUUAAGUCAGAUGCUCCUACAGGUGACGUGCUGCUCGAUGAAGCUUUGAAACACAUUAAAAACACGGAGCCGCCAGAGAAUGUGUCCAGCUGGAUUGAGCUUCUCACAGGUGAGACGUGGAACCCCCUGAAGUUGAACUUCCAAAUCCGUAACGUUCGCGAGCGUAUAGCUAAGAAUCUGGUGGAGAAAGGUGUCCUGACGACAGAGAAGCAGAACUUCCUGUUGUUUGACAUGACAACACACCCGUUAACGGAAAGCAACGAGAAGGAGCAUCUGGUGCAGCGUCUGCAGGACAGUCUUCUCGAUCGCUGGACGAAUGAUUCUCGCCGUAUGAGUCAUCGUAUGCUCGCGCUGAUCAUUCUGGCUCACGUCUCUGAUGUGUUAGAAAGCGUGCUUAUAUCACUUCCGGACGACAGGUACAAAAUCGCCUGCACGCGGUCCCGCAGGCUGCUAGAAGCUGACCCCGACCAGGAGAGCGCAAAGGUCAUGACCUCAGCGGAGGAGAUGAUCUGGGCCGUUCUGGCGGCGUUUAACAAAUCCUGAGAGAACAAGAACUGAUCGGUUUUCAUAAACUCACUAGCGACCUCUCUCGGCAGCUUCAGGAACUGCAGCAGAGAUGGAUGGGAAAAUGGUUGAUGGGAAAAGCUGUUUGAAACAAACCUGUUUUUAAUCAGGUGUUUAAUUAGGUGUCAUGUUAUUUUAAGAAACACAUUUUACUCUCAUGAUGUUUAUUUGCACAUCAACACAUCAUAGAUCUGUCCGUUGCAUCAAAGUAUGUCUGCAGCCUGAACACAGUUGCUCAAAAACCUAUUUUAGAAAUAGAAAUAUUUGUGGGUAGUUGACAUGUCCUGAUGUGUGACGCAUCUAAAAAGCAUUUUCUUCAUUCUUUUAUAGUUGUUAUGGUUAAGGCAUAUACAUUUGGCAUGUGCAUUUAGCUAAAGUGACUAACAGUGCAUUUAAACUACAUAUUAUAUAAGUAUGUGUGUGUACAUUUUAGGACCUAAAAUAUACACUUACUGUUAAACAUUCAUAUACUUUUUAACCAAAAAUCUUAAAGCCCAAAGAAGCCCAUGAAUAUGCUAUGCAUCAGCUCCUGUGCUGCCUUGCUCUCUACUCUCUUCAUAGGCAGCUACCUUCCAAGGCAGCAUCGUAACUAAAGUAGAACCUCAUAAGUGGCUGGUUUUGAAUGCUUUAAAUUGGCAAUAAUGUUAUGCACCACACAAAUAGUGCUCCUCACAUGAAUCGACUUGCAUGUGAUUCCGACAGAGUCUUGUGUUAGCAUGUUGCUACAUGCCCUUUGGAACUACGGAGCCCAUUAGAGGAUAGACAGGGAAUUUAUGGUCUUGCAAUUAUUGUGGCUUCCUUCGCAAUUAGGGUUGCCAACUUUCUACCAGCCAAAUAAGGUACUUUAUUCCCCCCAGCGGGGCUCCAGCGUGAGACGUUGUGCAAGGGUUGAACUAGAGCUUUUACGUAGGAAAACAAUUGAAAUACAGUGCGGACAGAUGUAAAAACGCAAUCGGUGUGAAUGGCACGCUAAUACACUCAAAGGUGCUGUAAAUUAUUUCAGCAUUCUACUUCCACGAGACUGAGCUGUUGGAUUAGCCACGCCCCCAGUUUCCAAACCUGCACUCCUAAUAACAAAUUCUUUUUAUUGAAACCAGCACAAGCAGAAACGGUUGUCAAUAACAACAUCAGUGAAACAGCGCCCUCAACUGGCAACUGUUAUGAACUACAUGGCAUAAAAAUGGCAUUAAGCCUCAAUAAUUCUCUGCAGCUACAAUACUGUGAGAACGAGCAAAAUGAUUGACUGGUCGAAAUUGUCAAAGUUCAAAAGUGUCCAAAUUCUUUAUUAAAAAAAAAAAAAACAGUGCAAUCAGUCACUAAACACUUUUAAUCGUGAUUAAUCGCAUUCAACUUAUAGCUAAUCGAGGUUAAUCACAUAAAACUAAUAGUCAAGUGCGAUUAAUCGCAUACAGUUUAUACUUAAUCACGAUUAAUCGCAGAUUUUGAAAGUGCUGAAUUUGUUUUUCUGAAAAACUCAUGAAUAGCGCUUGCAGACAAUUACGUCUGAUUAUGUAUUUUGGUGAUAGUUCAGACUUGCCAUGCUUGUAUGGUCAUUAAAAUGUGCAUUACACAUUUCUAUCUCAAGUCCCAUCUGGGCUAAUUUUGUACAUCAAAUAGCGUUAAGAGCUGUUUUCCCCAUCACAUGAUCACUGAGACGGAAUCACUGUUGUGUGUUUGUGAAGUGUGCGUCAGUGUAAUGACUCUGGGCGACACAUCGACGCAUUAAACAACCAGUGUUUAUGAUGGUUUAUGCUUUAUUAAUGGUAAAUUCGUUUUUUUAAAACUCAACAAACUGGCUUAUAGUUCACACUAUAAUAUAUCUUGUAAAAUAUAAAUGUCAGAAUUUUCAAAGCUCUGUGAUGUGUUUGUGGUGUGCAUGAAUGUAAUGUAAUGCUGAUUGAGAGAUAUAAAGUCUGUUGCAUUAUAUUGAAUACAUGGAUUUCAACAUGCGUUUUCAAUAAAAUAAUAUACAAACUUUAAACCAAGCACAAGUUGCUUAUAUUCAGCAAAUACUCAUUUUAUAAUAUCAGUAACAAUAUAAUCAUUAAUUAAUAUAAGCUGUUAUUUAUCCCAACAUAAGAGUCACUUUAAAUAGAUCGAUAUAAACAUUGAAACCACUUUUAUUUCACAAAUAACCACUGAACCACUGGGAUGAUUCUGUAUUAUACGGGAUGGUUGGCAACCCUAUUCGCAAUAAAUUAACCUUAGUUUUACUAUAGUAAUAUUGUAGUAACCAUGGUUAAUCCUGUAGUUAAUAAUAGUUCAACUAUAGGACGAUUUCAUGACUUGGGUUGUACAAAAACGUUCGGCUUUUAGAGCAACCAAUAACAAACGCUUCCCUCGUGUUGUUGCAAACGCAGAAAAAUGAUUUCUUCCGUGUUACACCGAACAUAUUGUGUUUAUAAUUGGUACAAAAUCAUGUUUUGUGUAGCACGGAAGAAAGGAAAUAUCAGAGUUUAGAAGGAGAUGAGGGAAGAGUAUGUGAAGCUAACUGUAUAUGAUGCCUUAAAAUACUGUCUAGGUAGGCAGCUCACUAGGUUUUGGAACAGAGCUUGUGUGUGUCGCCAGUUUUUGUGCUAGUCAGAGUUCAACAUUCUUUUUUUUUCUCCCCAAUGUUGGAACGCCCAAUUCCCAAUGCGCUCCUCGUGGUGGCGUAGUGACUCUCCUUAAUCCGGGUGUCGGAGGACGAAUCUCAGUUGUGUCUGAGACCGUCAAUCCGCGCAUCUUUAUCACGUGACUUGUUGAGUGUGUUACCGUGGAGACGUAGCGCGUGUAGGCUUCACGCUAUUCUCCACGGCAUCCACGCACAACUCACCACACGCCCCACCGAGAGCGAGAACCACAUUAUAGCGACCACGAGGAGGUUACCCCAUGUGACUCUACCCUCCCUAGCAACCGGGCCAAUUUGGUUGCUAAGGAGACCUGGCUGGAGUCAAUCACAAAAGAUUAGACCCAAUACAGUAAUAAUGUAUUCAUUAAAUUAUAUUAAAGAAAUGCUGUACAUGUAUUAAACCUGCAAUGUCACAUGAAUUAUACAAGGUUAAAGUCAAUAACCGCCAUGUAUGUUCUUCUCAAUAUUUAUAUUUUAAAUGAAUUUGUCCAUUCUUCUUUGCAGAUUGUUAGUUGUAGUCAACCAUAUUUACUUUUAUUUCUUU